AUGGCCAAAUCUUUUAUUCGUAAUUUUACUGAGCAAAUAACAGGUAGCAAUGCUAAAACUACUGAUACAGACAUCGUGCAAGCUGUUAGCCAUUUCGAAGAUGAACAGUCGAAACUAUCCAAAUUUAAACGUGAAUUUGACAAGUAUACUCAGGCUACAUUAGUAUUCGACAAUGCGUCUAUUCGCUUUUUUGAAUUUAUUCGGUCACUUACUGAUGCUUCCUGGUCUCAAACACAAACAGUUGAUAGAUUAUGCAUUGAUUUAGCACGGGUUCGUGGUGAAAAUUUACAAAGUUUCAACAAACAAAUGCAUUCGAGUAUUAAUUUAUUGUUCGACAAAUUUGAUAACAUGAAAGGUCGUAUUGAUGAACAAACUCAUUUACAAGCUGAUUAUGAUAAAACACGUAGACACUAUCAUGCCAGUAUGAAACGUGACCAACAAAUUAAAGUCGAUCGUUUAAAAACUGACUUGGAUCAAUUGAAAUCUGCAUUAAGUCUAGUUAAUGAAAAAUUGCGCGAUAAUUUAGCAAAAUUUCAUGCCGAUGUGCAAGAUUAUUAUGUACAGACCACAAUAGAAGUAGUUGGCAUGCAUAGUAAAUUUUACCACGCUUACUAUAAAAUAUGCUCAGCUUUUGCUGGAAGACGUCCAGCAAAGUUCUCAACAAAUUCAGAUUACAAUGAAAAUAAUCAUGACAAAGAAAUGCAAUCAUCAUCAUUAUCAUCGACUGAAGACUCCCGCAAGAAAACACCUUCGGCUGCGUCAGAAUCACCAUCUAGACCGAUAGGAUAUAGAGUUUUACAUCAAGCACGUGUUAUUCACGAUUAUGAAGCUGAAAAUGAAGAUGAACUCGAUUUAGUUAAAGAUGAAUACAUAUCGAUUAUUUCUUUUCAAAAUGAAGACGACAAUGAACGCGAUAAGGGCUGGGAAUAUGCUGAGAAAUCGAAUGGUGCUAUUGGAAUUUUCCCAGCUAAUUUUGCUGUGCGACUGUAUGAUAAUGAAGUAAAACAAUUGUAG